AUUUCUCAUACUCGGCAUUCUUCAGUGUGCUGCUGAAGAUCCGCCCACCGCUGACCGAUAGUCAGUCCGUGUCAAAGUUCCGCGAGUAACGGCAGGAGCGGCAGCAGGAUAAUGGCGAAGCUCUUCGGGUUUUCACUGUUCAUAGUGCUGCUGGGUCUAACGAUACUAAAGACUUCAGCGUCUGGAGGACAACAGAAGAAAAUCAGACAGAAGAGAGAAUGGAUUAUUCCACCCCGCAAACUGAGGGAAAAUGUUAAUUAUAUGCAUUUGGAGUACAUAGCCAAAAUCCGUUCAGACGAGGAGACCAGGACAAGUAUACGAUAUUCACUGACUGGACCAGGGGCUGACAGUCCACCCAUCAACUUGUUCACUGUUGAUAGAGACAAAGGCUUGGUCAAGAUCCAUGGAGUGUUAGACAGAGAGGAAACUCCCACAUAUCACCUUCGAGGGGUGGCCAAGUUUCUGAAUGGGAGUUAUGCUGAGAAGGAUAUUGACUUAAGAAUCGAGGUGGAGGAUGAGAACGAUUGUGCUCCUGUGCUUAACUUCACAACUGGAUCUGUUCCUGAGCUGAGCGCAAGAGACACGUUUAUAAUGAAAAUCACAGCAACAGAUGCAGAUGAAGAAGGAACUCUGCAUACAAAAAUUUCCUACAGCAUUGUUGAAGAGAGUCACGCUGGCAUGUUCUACAUUAAUCAAGAGACUGGACAGAUAUUCGUCAUGCACAACACGCUAGACAGAGAGAAAAAAGACACAUACACGGUGACCAUUAAAGCAACUGAUAUGAAUGGAGCUCCAAACGGAUUUACAGGGACAGGGACAGCUGUUAUCAAAAUACUUGACGUCAAUGACAACAUUCCUACUUUGGAGAAAAACUUUUAUGAGUGCAGGGUGGAGGAAAACACUAAAAAUGUGGAAGUGGUAAGAAUUAAAGCGACUGAUGCUGAUCUCAUCUAUUCUGAAAACUGGCUGGCUGUCUUCACUAUCGUGUCAGGAAACGAAGCUGGUUAUUUCUCCAUAACCACAGAUAACAAGACCAAUGAAGGCAUACUAAUUCUCAAUAAGGAACUGGACUUUGAAGAGCUGAAGGAACUAAGGCUUCAGGUGUCUGUCUCUAACAAGGCAGAGUAUCACUCAUCAGUAGUCAUAACAGAGAGCAAGACGUACACCAUCCAAGUCAGUGUGAUCAACCAGCCCGAGGGCCCUCGCUUCAAACCUGCAGUCAAAGUCAUCACCAUAUCUGAAGAAAGCACCACUAUUGAUUUGAGAAAAGUCAUAACCAAUUACGCAGCAAUAGACAGUGACACACUAUUAAUUGCUAAUAACGUGAGGUAUGCAAAAGGAAAAGAUGUUGACAACUGGCUAAUUAUAGAUGAGAGGACAGCUGAUAUAAGACUCAAUAAAUUUCCAGAUUAUGAGUCCAAGUUUCUGAUCAAUAACACAUAUUAUGCCCACAUAAUCUGCAUCACCAAUGAAAUUCCAGCUAAAACUGCUACAGGUACCAUUGCCAUUCAAGUGAAGGACUUUAAUGACCACUGUCCUGUGCUGAUCCAUCAGUCUCAAAGAAUGUGCUAUGAAGACCAUGUGGUUUAUGUCACGGCUGUGGACAAAGAUCAUUUCCCCAAUGGAGCACCCUUUGGUUUCAAUGUGGAUGAAAAAAGAACAAAGGAGUCAUGGCGUGUCGAACAUCUCAACGACACUACAGCAAUAUUCAGAUCAGAAACAACACUAUGGCCUGGUGUGUACCAUGUGUUUGUGGAUGUGAGUGACCAGCAGGGGAAGAUCUGCGCUGGUCAGAUGCUUCAGAUAGACGUUUGCACAUGUGACGCAUCAAAAGUUUGCCUGCCAGAAAAAACGGUCUCUAGAUUUGGAGUAUCUGGUGUGUUUCUAAUGUUGCUGGGACUGCUGCUCCUUCUGUUGGUGCCUCUUCUGCUGCUGUUCUGCCUUUGUGGUGGUGCAGGAGUUGCAGCAGGUUUCAAGACCAUCCCAACUGAUGUUAAAGAGCAUCUUAUAGUAUAUAACACUGAAGGACAGGGAGAGGACAAGGGAAUACCGCUCUUACCGGUGUCAAAAGGGCAUGAUGGCAGCAACCUCAGUAAUGUGAAUGCUCAGAAGAGGAUUGAUGCAAAAUUUGGUGCAGUGAAAGCAGACGGCUCACAUUGGUCCUCUUUCAACCAAGGUGAUUGGCAUAUUGAUGCACAUGAUCACCAGAAGAGUCAGAUUGAUGAGUACAUGUAUGCAAAAAGAAAAGAGGAACUUAGCAGAUUUGACACCUCUGAUGGCCUUGCACUGUCUGAUGCUUUCUUAGGCAACUACUAUUCUCAAAAAACAGGUUAUGCGGCUAGGAAGCAAGAUAUGGGAGACAGUCUAAAGGUCUAUGAAUACGAGGGUCAGGAAUCUUGCAUGGGCUCAUUUGAGGAUAUCUGCAGUUUCAUGCAUGAAGAUGAUAACCUUGCUUUCCUUGAUGACCUUGGUCUGAGGUUCAAGACCCUAGCUGAGAUCUGUAGUGGUUCUACAAUAGAACUUGAUAUGACCACAACCACUGCUGUGACCUUCAAACCGGUCCUGUCUACCACACACAAAGAUGUCGACGUACAGGAGACAGUUGGUCUACUAAAUUCUCAGGAGAGAGGAAAGUCUUCCGCCAUUAUUCAUGCUGCAGGAGGACAGCAGGCAAGCAGCACGUCCUCUACAGGAAUGUAUGUCCAUGAGAAGGUGAUGGUUUCUAACCCAACUCUGUUAGUCCAGCAGCCUGCAUUGUACUAUGCCCCUGCCACCCCCAUUUAUGUGGUGGAACCCCAUCCUACUCUGGUGAUGACAUCCAGCCCAGCCCUAGACAUUCAAGAGAACCUAUUGGUAGAGGAGCAGAAGAGCUCUGAUGCUACCCUGCGUGGAACUGCCAAACGUGAAAUGCAGCACUACCAGAGUGUAGUCCUUGUUGAGAAGCAGCCAACUAAAGGGUCUGUGCAGGCUCAAGGUAGUGUCUCUGGAGCCGUUCAAAUUGUUAACACUGAAGUAGUGCAGUCCACAGAGUCUCAUGGGGUUAGACGGGCAAUUCAUCCUGUCAGAACGGUGAUGGCAGGAGGGGCCAGAGAGAGGGAAGUUUGUGGUUCAUUGGAUAUGAGGGUUCCUCAGAGUCUGUAUAAGCACUCUUAAGAAGUCACAAUCUACAAUAUCCAGGAGUCUGUAAGCACUCAAGAAGUCACAAUCUACAAUAUCUAGGAUUGAUCAUUCCAUCCCACACCUGCAAGUCCACAUUUACUUGCUGCUGAUGUACAAUGAUUUUCUUCCCAUUCGCUCAUAUAAUAAGAAACUGACCUUCCAGUUAGCGCUAUUAAGCCUCUGCAAUUGUAUCUCUCCUGUGGCUACACGAAGCUUCCCUUUUAAGACACAAGAUUCUGGACUCCUUCUGGAUCAGCACCUUCCUGCAGACCCUCUGUGGUCAGUGAGCGAAUGAUGCAUGAUUUCACCUAUGCAACCAGACGCAGUCACUUACUGUACUAGAACCUUUACACUCUCUCCCACUGUGGAAUGAUUUUUCAGCCAGCAACAGACCUUCUGAGACCAUUACACAACUCUUCUAUAAGCAAUAAUUCAGAACCAUAAAUAAAUGCUUCUUAUUAGCACUAAAACAAACAAUAUAUUUUUCAUAUUUUCAUAAUGUUUUUUUUUUUUCUUCUGUUUUGCAUUUACAGUUCUUCACUAACUGUGUUUUUCUGGUGUACACAUUUUAUAUUGCAGCACUGCUAAUAUACAUUUUUUUUAAUGAAGUUUGUUUUCAGUUGCUUGGGUUUUUGCUUAUUUGUAAGCUCCUUUGGAUAAAAGCAUCUGUUAUAUGAAUAAAUGUAAAUACUUGAUUGUCCACCACCAACUAAAUGCUGUAAUGAUCAUCCUUUGAUAAACUCGUGCACAAAUGACAUUGGAAUAUUUGUGAGGAAUUUGUUUGUGAUUCUGUUGAGUUAUUCUGAAUUUUAUAUGGAUCAAAACCAUCCAGAUUUUUUUUUUUUUUAAUAGAAAAAAAUCUAGAAUAAUCACCAUUGUUGAUGAUAUAUAUUUUAUAAUAUAUUUUAUAUAUUUUAUUUUAUAGGAUUGCAUUUAGUUGGCUUUAACUUUCCACAAGAUGUGCAAAUUUAACGUCUGUCAGUGUCUCAAUGAACUACAGGUGUUGAUGAGUUAUAGUCUACUACUGUAUGUUUUAGUUCACAUUUAAACUCCAUUUAUCAAUGGCAUGCAUAAAUGGGAAUUAAAGUAAUUUGUCCAGAAUGAGAAAAAAAAAAAAAAAAACAGAAAACAUGUAAAUAUUUAUAUAAAUGACUGUAAAGUGAUAGACAUUAAAAUUAUGAAUUGCGCUGUAGUUAUAUUUCACCCAAGCAUUAAUGUAGUACAUUUCUUUGAUGCAUGUAAUGCUGUAGGUAUUAAAAAAUAAAACUUCCAUCACAAGGUCAGUCUCAUUAAGCAGCCAACAGCCAGUGUAGGACCAGAAAAGGGAAAAAUAAUCAGUAUGAUCUUAUUUGUAUGCUUUUAUUUGAAUCAAGUGUAUUGCUUACUGUGGAUGCACUUGUGUGUUCUUAAGAGUUUUCACUUUAAAUAAUCUUUAAGGAACAUUUUAAUUUUUUUGUAUCAGUUAAGUAUGGUGGUUAGAUUGGUAUUGUCAUUAAGAUCUGGCAGUAUAAUGUGAUGCUGCCACCACAAAUAAUAAUAAUAAAUAAAGAACAUGCAAGUUCA